AAAAAAGUGCCCGUCGCCAGAACGCUGAAAAAACAGCAAACAACUGAGAGAUAAAUAAAUAAAAUAAAUUCGAAAUAGAAAUAUAGUAAAUUGAGUGACAAGAAAAGCAGCCAAAAGUGAGAGCUGCCGCAAAAUCGCUAUAUUUUCAAAAGGGAAGCAAAAAGGAAACCGCCGAGAGGAUAACGAAAGCGCAGCCCCCGGAAACUUGCGACCCCCUCCAUCAGUCCAUCAAUCCAUCAGUCCAUCCAACAGCCAACUAUUCCCGAUAUCCAGAUAAUAUCCAGAUAAUAACCAGAGAUCCAGGAGCGAAGGGUGACGAAGGGAGUGCGGAAACAGGAGAAGGAGGAACAGAAGGAGCAGGAUCCAAAAACACAACAAACCCAAAAACACACACUCCACAAAGAUGUCAUGGAGAUAUGCGCUUCUCACAGACAGAUACAGCAGCAGCAUCGGUGAUAGAUAUAGUCCCCACUAUUAUCAGUCGCCCAGCCGCUUGGAGACCUCCGAACAGACCACUGGCCGCCAGCUGCAGCGAGUCCUGCACUACUCGAUGGCUCCUAGCCGGGCACUUCCAGGACUCCGCCGGGCCGAGUGCGCCAUCCACGACGUCGACUGUGAUGAGGUCUAUCCGGGCAUCUACAUUGGUGAUGCUGCGGCGGCCAAAAAUAAAACGUAUCUGAGAAUGAUGGGCAUCACCCAUGUCCUGAAUGCCGCCGAGGGAUGUCGCUAUGGCCAGGUGGACACCGGACACAGUUACUACCGGGAUAUGCCCAGCAUCAGACGCAACCAUAAGGAUUGUGUUUUUAGGUACAUGGGCUUCCCCAUGGUCGAUGCCCCAACGACGGACAUCUCGCGGUACUUCUACGUGGCCUCCAAGUUCAUCGACAGCGCCAUCAGCAGCGGCGGCAAGAUCCUGGUCCACUGCCUGGUGGGCAUGUCCCGAUCGGCCACCUGUGUGCUGGCCUACCUGAUGAUCUGCCGGAAGAUGUCGGCGGUGGACGCGAUACGCACGGUGCGGAUGAGGCGCGAUAUCCGGCCCAACGAUGGAUUCCUGCAGCAAUUGGCCGACUUGGAUAUGGAGCUCAAGCGCAAGAACCUGUAUCCCUACUAGCGGGACUCUCGGGGGAGCCUAAUGAUACAACCAAAGAUCCAAAACAGAGAGGAAUUCGGGGGAAAAUCCGACAACCAAAAACAAAAAUUAAGAAUAUUAUUAUGAAAAAAAUGAAAAUUGAUAAUGAAAAAUGAAAAUCGUUGUUCUAAACAAAACAAAAAUUGAAGCCUACAAAGCUAACGACUUAUAAUGGUAACUUGGUCUUCUGAUAUAUAAACUGUUCAUCCCCAAAACUGUAUAAUCGCGGCAUACCCAUAUUGUAGGACUAAUAUACACAUAUAUACAUCUAUAUAUAUACAACCAGCCAGAAGGGAAUCAAGUUAUCUCCACUCUCACGAAAAGAAAAGAAAAACAAACACUCACUCGAUAACACACACACUUAGAGACCUAGAUUGGUAGAGCCACGAUCGAAACAAUAUACGAGGCGAUCGACCUAUAUACCUUGCCUAUACCUAGAAAUACAGAUUUAUAUACAUGUAUUCCGGACCCACAUCUAAGCGUAUUUUUUCUAAGGCUCAUCUGUGUUUGCGUUCUGUUCCACAUCCCCACAACCCUAUAUCCAUCCCCCCACCCAUAUCUCUAUCCCCAAAAGCAAUCCCUAAUCUUCCAUCCCCAAGAUACUAUAAGAAGAAGAGCUGAAACUAGAUCAUGAACAAUGUUUGCGGACACAAACGUAACCAGAUGCAUAUAUAUACUGAUAUAUAACUGUGUAACGGAUAUACAAGCAUGCGUUAUAUACACCUAUACCAUAUAUAUAUACAUAUAUAUAUAUAUAUACUAUAUACACCAAGUGUGGACAAUGUAAUAAAACCAAAUUCAUAUUUUCUAGAACAUGUACGAUGUUUAAGAGCAGACGAAACAAAUAACUAAACCAAAUCAAAUGAGCAGAAAAAGUAACUAAAAACUAAAACUAUACUUAAGAAGUGAUUAAUAAUAAAAAAAAAUCAAAAACGAAACAAAAACAAAA